AGUGCUGCCCGCUUCGUGGGACGCCAUUUUGAAUCGUUAACUGUUUGUGCGCGUUGAGUUGUGCGUUGUUUUGUAUUGUAUUGUUGCAGUUAUUGUUGUUGUUGUGGCCGUAUUUACAGAUAACCAGCAGUAGUACCAACUGAAAACUGACUGAUUUGUUAUCAACAACAGCAGUGGUACCAGUGGUCAAGCGACGCGUAUAGUGUGCAGAUGGUUGAGAGUCCUACGACCGGACCAAACAUGUUGUUAGUGUUGAUGUGUGUGAUGAUGAAGAUACUAGAGUACUCGUCAGGUACGUUGGUCGACGUCCAACCACCUCCCCAGCAAAUAAUGGGUGCAAAGAAGACCAGGAAGCGGAGAAAACGUACAAGAAAGAGAGGUGUGGCGGGACAGCCGCGAGGGAUGACAACGGAAGAGAAGCUGGCCUCCCUGCACAGCCCUGAGUCCGACUGCAACUCUAAUACAUUGGACUCAACAGCUAGUUACCUCAGCAACACCUCAUCUCAAGAUGUUGACUUUAUUCAGGACAACUCUGACUACCAGUGGUUUCUUGAUUAUGGAUAUCGAGAGACACAGCAUCGUAGUAUCCUCUCUCUGUCAGCCAGCUAUGAGGAAGGUUGCUACGAUGACCUUGCUCGUGACCUUGACACCCAGCUGGCUCAGGUGGACAUGGAGGACUUUAGAGCUGAAGACAUACUAACCACUUUACCUGCAAUGUGUUGCCAGGACCUCCAGUCCGAUCGCAGAGGGGAGAUGUUUGCUAGUGUUUCUGGCUCUAUGAUGGUCAAAUUUGAUUUUGAAUCCUCCCUUAGCCCCCAAUUAAGUUCCCAGGAGGAGGGCGCACAAUGUGAGUCCAUGUGCAAGUCUGGUCCUCUCUUCUCACCAGUCAGAGAGAGUCCUCUACCUCAGUGCCCCAACUAUAGUGUAGACUCUCUGGACUGUCAGGAACAGGACAUUCUGCUAACUUGCCAGGCCAACAAGGACAACUACACCAUAGCCUUUGAAGGCAGUACUGUCAUGGGGGAAGAUUCAGAUUGCCAUGAUACAGGGGAAAGUGUGACUGGCAGUGGCAGUGGUAGUGGCAGUGGGUCGGGAACAUGGUCCAGUGCAGAGACCAGACGUCCAGCCAUGGCCAACUCAGAUGCACCUCGCACUACCUGGUGUAAGAUGGUCACUCGGCGCAACCUUCACAACAACUGUAUGCGUCACUCCUCUGCCAGUCUACCCAACUUGACUAGAUCCAGACCAAACCUAGGUUGUGUGAAGCUGUAUGAUGUUCAACACUCGUCAUCAGUGUCUGGCUCAGACAGCAGUUUAUCAUCAGAGAAACAACAUUCAAGACUGAGUCUAGUCCGAUUGUUCAUCAAACAACGAGGAUGUGCUAUGGCACACUCGGACUAUGCAACUACACAGACUACUCAUGAACAACUUUGUGAUAACAGGGUUAAUGCCAACUUAGUGACGUCAGAUCGCAAUCAGAAUCAAGUGGAGUGGGUGAGCUUUGCAGACAGUCUGAUAGACGAGGUCCCUGAGUCUGAGAGUGUAGAGAGACUCAGUGAUGGCUCCGUGUCAGUAUGUAGUUGUGACGCUAGUCUCAACACAUCUAGACAUCAAGGCAGUGGAAACAACAACAAUAGUCUGGACAGGGACUACAUCAGAUCACCAGUAAGUGUGUCCCAGUUGCGCCGUGGCACACAGACCCACUCCGAGUGCAGCACCAGCAGUGAUCCUACGGAGGCUACCAAGAUAUCAGCUCAUGUACGCAAUUCUGCCACUCAGUGUCCACUCCAUUGUGUGGAUGCUAGCAUGCAGACGUCAGCCACUUUAGCCGCCCACAACAAACAGCCUUCCAAGUCUGGUGAGAAAGGCAAGCAAGCAGUGUAUGUCAUGUACCCCAAUUACACCUUGCCAGACUUGGGCUUCCUGAGGGAUGAGAGGCUGGAUCUGGACCAGAUAUUCUUAACUCCUGUCAAGUUCUCUCCCGGCUGGACACCUCUGCAGUCCCCGACUGUGGCCCCAACAAACCCUCCUCAUGUUGAGCAUAAAAGGCCUCGGCCUCAUUCUUGUGCCGAUAUUGACCAUCUCAGAAAGAAAGGAUUCAGUCAUGUCAGAGAUUGGGAGAGCCUAGCCGUAUUGCUGCCUCCUGAGUAUUGUGCUCUGCUCAGUGAUAUCCCUGAGCUGAGGGAGUACAAGGACCUGUGCACCACCACCAAGCCUCUCUUCUGUGUCUCUCCCCCUCUCUCCAAGCCCACUCAGUUCACCCCCUUCAUCCCAGAUAGUCGCAAUAACUCGUCAUCAUCAAGCGUAGGCACGCAGCCUUCGUCUGGUUACCGAGGUUCAUCAACUCUGCUGAGUGACUCCAGUGCCAACCCUAGUCCAGGCCCUCACUCCGCCAACAACCCCCUCUUUGUCUACAGAUAUGACAGUGCCACUUCUGAUUCUGGCCAUUCAGGACCUCCUCUACCAAAACGAUCAAUUUCAUUGCCAGAGGAGAAGAAUGUCCCUGCACCCCCAAGACCUCCUUUACCUCGUGGUAUUCUGCGAAACUCACUUGAGAAUACUAAACUUCACAAAAAUCAAGCCAACAAGAAAAGACAUAGCAUGUUUGAUAUGGAGACAGCCAAUGUAGAUGAUCCUGAAUUGGCCGAUGUGGACAAAAAAGCAAAGGCUAAGCAAUCGAGUGGUAGUCAGUUGUCAGGGUCGGAUGAGGGGCUUGGCGGAGAGAUGUGGCGACCCCCGACUCCCCCCACCACUCAUGCACUUCGCCUACAACAACUCCUGGAGAUGAGCGGGGACCAGUGGGACCCCCGAGAUAUGGAUGUUCUUCGCCAGCAGGUGAGCCGAUUUCUGAGCCAGGGUCGAAAGAGUGUGAGUUUUGCUGAUAGUGGGGAAGACCCGUCUAUGACUCCACCUAACUCACCUCAAGUCUCCGUCGCCCAUAAACCAACUUAUCAGAUCAAGACAGGCGCUGGUCUCAACGAGACAACUAUCACUGAAGAUCUGGAAGUCAGCUUUAGCCAUGAAAGACUUCGACAUUCAGCCAAAUCUGAGCUAGUAGACGUUGUGACGACAGCAGCAGCCAAGUUAGUAGCCCAGUCCAACGGCCCCAACGAGCUAAUCUCUAGUGUAGCCCUCAGUUGCCUCUGCCCAGCUCUCUACUCCUUGCUGAGCGACGGUCUCAAGUCUAGUCUGGACACACCAUUUGGAGACAUCAACAACUCCGUAUGGCAAGUCGUCGAAGCCUCUGCUCAACAAGGUCCCAUGACCAAGGCUCUGAAUGAACUAGUUCUCAAGUUGAACAGUGAAGAUGUUCUGACUGAAGGGGUAGUCAAAUUCAAUGCUUUCAUAUUCGGUCUUUUAAAUGUACAAGGUCUAGACGUGUGGCUGAGCUAUCUAAGGACCAGGGAGAGUGUAUUGCGGCGCCACUACUCAGCAGAUGCCCUCAUGUUGUGUGCCUGUCGAGGACAGACCAAUGCCAGAGCACUCAGUGACAAACUGCUGGCCUCUCUGAGACCUCUUGGACAACUUAACUUCAAACUGGACCUUCUCUACGAGACCCGACUGUUGCAUCAGAGCUUGCUUCAGCUAAGUAGACUCCCUUCCUCACCAAGCCACAGCGGAAGCAGUGCGAGCAGUAAAGGAUCCUGGGCUCUCCACAGAUUGAUGGAGUCUCCACCUCCCCAGAUGUCGGAGAAUGUGCGACCUCGCUCUUGUGUGGACUGUGUGACAGGAGCUGAUGUAGCCGGAACUCAGCACAAGCGAUGGAGUGUAAACAUCGGUGGCAAGCUUGGACAAGCUUACGACAGACUUGGAGACGACACUGAGGAAGAAUACACUGACAGCCUGGAGACAGGAGGCAGAGGAAAUGUAGGCAACGGAGAGGAAGCAGGUACAGGCGAAGGCAGUGGCAAAUUCCGUAGACUGCAGAUGAAGUGGGAAAUGCUCUCUGGUAGAGAGAACACUAGUCAAGAAAGUCUUGACAAAUCCUCAUCACUUAACACUCCACCUUCCCCUGUGAAGUCCAGUACCUCCAGUGUAUCGAGUGCCCCCAAAUCUCGUAUUCCACGGCCCGUGACAUCGCCUGUACGACCCACCAGCCAAGGCCUAGGUCUGGUGAGUCAGCCUGGCACAGUCAGACCACCAAUCAAGAAAGCCCUCACUGGUGCCAGUCAACUCAGGAGGCCUUCAUCCAUCUCAAACCGGGCAAAAGUACUGGAAGGGCCAGUGAAAGCUCGUACAUCUAGGGUAGAUGCUCCAGCCAAGACAGGGCCAGUGGCCAGGCCGAGUUCUCUGCCCUACAGGGUUCAGCGAGCUCCAUCUGUAGACAGUCAUCGACGAGCUGCGAGCUCAUCUACGAUCAGACAACACCAGACAUCUCAACCACACAGGUUCGUCGUCACAUUGAGUCAUAGGUUACCCUCAGACAGUGGACAUCUAGCGUACAAUGAGGGAGAGAGACUUCGCUUGGUGUUGGAAGUGGACGAGACAUGGCUGCUCUGUUGCCGUGGUGACACCAAGGGCUUGGUUCCUAGAACGGGAGUCAUCCCUGUUUCCCAGAGGAUAUAGGCAUAGGGUGCCCAAGCUUCAUAUCAGUAUUACCCUAAGUUUUACUAAUUUAGGAAACAUUUUACUUAGUACAAAUUAAUUUUAUACUUGAAUUUCUCUGUGUGAGGUUUUGUUUUAAUUGUUACUGAAGAGACAUGAUUGCCAAAAAUACAAACCAAAUAAUUGGUUGCCAUAUUUAGCCUUAAAGAACUAAACCAAUGGUCUUAAUUAUAAAUGGUUUGAUAUUGAAUGUAUAUAGAAUACAUUUUAAACUUACUUAUACUGGUGAAAAUCAGUUUGAAAAGUUCUAGUUAUAAAUGCAAAUCGUUGAGUUUAUUGUUGUUCUAAUUAUUUCCUGUAAGUUACCAAAUAGAAAUGCAAGUUCCAUCGAACAAUGGUUUUAUGAAAAAAAUAAUAAAAAUCAAUAAAUCUUUAAAAUUGAAAAAGUGCAAAAUUUCAACAUGCAUACAAAUAAUAAUUAUAUUUAUAAUCAUUUUUGUCUUUUGCAUAGAGAUUGCAUAACAUUUGUUAUUAGUAAAACAAAGUUUCUUCAUUGAGGCUUCAAAUAAUGUGUUAUAUGAAACUAAAUUAACCCUCGACAAUUUAAUUCACAAAAUCUUAGUGUUGAGCCCUAAAGAUGUAAAAAAUUCAUGGACAAGUAAAGUAAGUAACAACAACUAACAAUAUUUUGUAGUUUAAAUCAAUUUGUUAAGUAAGAUGUAAAUUUAAAUAUGACCUUAUAUGUAUUUUUUUUUUUGAGCAUUUUCUGUUACAUUUUUUAAGCACAAGUGAAGCUUGGGCCCCGAUUUACAAGUCCUGUACUUAAACUAACCAAAGAGUGUGUUUAACGAGUUGUACUCGGGUUUUGUACUGGUCAUCCUUUCUAACUAGUCAUUUUGGCUUUUGGCUUUUGUUACCGCCAUUCUAGUGAUAGUACAGCUAAUAAUUUUGUCUGUAAAUAUGUAUUUUCUCUAGUAUUAGAUCUUUCACUUGAUGCUCUGGGUUUAUUUCAAAGUACAGCAUGUUUGGUUUCGGGUAGGUGUCGGAUUUACCUUGCUGGUCUGCAUGUCGCUUCCACCAUUUUUACGUGUUAUCAGAACUAAACUUCUUAUAGAAAUGCAUAUUUUUGUAAAGACUUUAAUAGCUUAGCCAGAAGCGGAUGAAAUAAACUUAGUUCUGAAUGUGGAAUGUUGCUUUUUGAUACUUGCUAAAAUCUAACCCAUCUGCCAGGCUGAGGAAACCACCAGCGUCAGACAUUCUAAUGUUAAUACUGUAAAAUAAACUGAAGGCUUUUAAGGUGGAUUAAAUGAAUUUUUACAAUGAAAAUUUUUGAAACGUGUACCGAGUGUAACAUUUCAGAGCGUUUGCUCAUUACUUUAAACAGUUUAAACACUUGUUUGGACUACCAAAAUGUUAAGUAAAUUUAAUCAAAUGUGUUGUACCAUUAUAAUUGAUUAUAACUAUUUUUCUCUGGUUGAAAUACACCUAAAAUUCCUUCUUCUCAAAUGAUACUAUUUAUUAACAAAAUCAAAAAUCUUCUCACCUUAACAUUUUAGCAAUCGUUCAUAUUUCUUACUUGAAUUACUAUUAAUUUUGUUUAUUAUAGCCUACAUUAUGUAUUUUAGAUAGGUAUAUAAGUUCCAUUUCAUGAGCCUCUAGUAUAAAAAACCAAGCAUUACUUAAAUAGAAAAUUAUUUUUGAAAGUAAAUUCAAAACAACUCAAAUUAAAUGUUAUGAUUUCCAAGGUUCUAAUCAUAUAUUUUUCGAAGAAUUGCCCUCAAAAAGAAGGAAAAUUAAAGAAAUUUGACUAAAAAAUAAUAAAACUUUCUCAAAAGCACUGUACUCCAAGAUGGUCAGACAAAGCAGAACCGUUUGAGCAAGAAUUGUCCUUGUAUAGGUGAUCAGUAGGCACCUCUUACGACUGAUUGGCUCACAACUUUAAUGUUCUUGGACAUUCUAAACAACCAGAAAAUACUACCCCCAACAUGUUCCUUGCAAAUCUUGUACAAACCAAAUCAAAAUUAGUAACGAUCAUUGCUUCUGGUUGAAUUAAUCUAUUAACUUAAAAAAUGAACAUACCUACGAAACCUCACAGUUAUAAUUUUACUUUCUUAGACAUAUUUUAUUAUAAUUACAUUUUACUUUUGUUAUUUGUCUUAAAAUGGUACAUUGAGAAUAAAGUAAAUUACAAAUUAAUCAUUGGCAUCGUUAUAUGGGAAUAUUUUUCAGUUUAGGGGAGAGUUUCUAAAUGUAGAUUCUUGAUUCCCACUCAUUGCAAGUCUAAGACAAUAUAGCGAUUAAGUUGUCAUACAUAACCCAUUUGUUCUAGAAACAUUCACUUUGUAAUAUAAUUUUUCCUUAUGAAUUUUUUUUCUCGUUACCAUGUUGCCACUCUAAAAAAAUACGGUAACCUUGAACCAAAAUAAAAUUAUGUACAAGGUAAUACUGUUUGGAAUCCAUAAUACCAUAAUUGAGUGUUGACAAUACUGAUCUGUAGUGAAGGUUCUCCGCCUGGCAGUAACCUCUCACAGGACACUAUGACCUGUUGUAGCGUCCCCGUGUUCUAUACCUACUGAGUGCUGAGCAUGCAUGGGCCAGGUAUUCCCGACAAUACUCAUGUUUGAUGCUUGCUCCCCCCCUGCCUCAAUUAGUUUUGUGCUUGGUUACCUCUUCAUAUGUGAAUGUCCGCUUUCACCAACCCUCGCCUGUAAAAGCGGUUACCUCUCAUAACUGAAGUAACUAUCUAAAUUAGGUUCUUAGGUUACGUUUAUUAGCUUUACGAUAUUAUUGUGAUAUAUUUAUUUUUAUGAUAAGUGGCUUUUCUAUGUCGUCAUGUAAGAAACUGAUGUCGCUUAUUUUAGUGAGUAGGCGAGUCGGAAGCGACUAUUCCAUCGAUGUUUAUAAUCUGAAAACGUAUUUGUGAUAUCGCCUUUUUGAAUUAGGAUUUGGUUUUUUUGUAAAAGUUAGUUGUGGUUUUUUUACUCGAGUAUAAUAAGUUUUAUCAAUCAAACUGGCAACAUCGCAAAACUGGGACUGUCUUAAGGGCGUCCUGAUGUCUCUGACAUUUUUAAUAUAAUUAUAAGUACGACAUCAUUGAGAUCGUACACAAUAUAGUUUAAACAUGAUGUAGAAAAUAGUUUUAGGUAAGCUAACAACUAUCAUUCCCUCCCCUUAAAGGCCUAUAGAUGAAUAUAUUCAGUGUAAGAAAUAAAACAUUCUCACAGUAAAUAUUUUUCCCUGUCAAAAAUUGUGUAGGGCCAAAUUGUUGCAAUUUAGAUUCAUGUUACAUUAUGCUCAACGAAGUUUAUUCUUGUAAAAGGUUAAACUAAAUUGUUUUGAUAAUUUUUGUUAAUAAUGAUACUUUUGUGUUAGAAUUUAAAAACAUCAAUGCCUUAACGACCUGUGACCGUAUGAUUUUUCUUACAAACUAGAACGUUACAGUGCCAUACUCUUUGUAUGGCAUUGGAAAUCCUUAUUUAUACACAUUAAUACAUUAAGUCCAUGUGUACCUUAUGAGUAAUUGCCAUGUUCUAUUUCUAACACUAUUAUAUUCUUACUCCACUAAUCCCUCUAGUGUAGUAUGGUCAUUUACAUGUUUCUGAUUUUUCACUAUUAAUUCACUUUAAGAUAAAGUAAUGCCAGCAAUGCAAAUGAAACUUAUCCAGGAUCAUUACUUUAGGGUCUGAACGAACGAGCGAAUUUUUGACUUGAUUCGAGCGAGUGUGUUGUGGUAUUUUUGGUAGCCUUUUCUGUAAUGUCUUAAGACAUUAUUGCGAUUUCCAUUUACAUAAUUAGGAUUCACAACAUUUAUGAUAGCACUAUCAAUAUUUCUUUUACUUAAAUCCAUUAUGGACUAACAUUUUUGUACCUUUCAAGAAACUCGUGAUUAAUAAUUUUGUGAUUAUAGUUCACAAUAAUAUUAAGAGUCUAAAUUUUUUUCAUCAAUUCUAUCUUUUCAUUGUUAUUUUUAGCAGCCAUAUUCAGACAUAUUAUAUAUGUCACAUCCUAACAAUUUAGGCUUAAAAGAAUAAUUUUACUUUGUUUGUACCUUGAACUAAGAUUAUGUUUUCUCUUUUGAAUUUGUUCUCUGAUUUUCCCCUAGAUAUAAGACUUAACCUUUGUAUUGAAUAAUGCCCACACUAAGCGUUUUGUCUCUAUUUUGAUGUUUUGCCACAAGUACGAUAAAAUACAAAAAAAAUUAAACUAUAUUUUUGUUUAAAAUUAAAUAUUAAUUGGAAUAUGAAAGAAUCUUUUGAUAAUGAAGGACAGGAUGACUGAGCGUGAAUCAGUAUUAGGUAAAUAUUAUUGUAUAUAACAUAGGUACUGAUGAAAUGUAUAUACUUUGAAAACAAGACCAAUUAUUUUUUAUCCAAUUAAUUUCAAUACUUAACCGAUGAUAUUUUCUACAUAACCAAAAAUCUAUCAUGUAUAUGGGAUGUAUAUAUUGUAAUGUAAUACAACUAUUUGUUGCUUUUCACCAUAAUAUUGUCCAUAAUUGUCCAAUGCACUUUGUCUAGUGCCAUACGCUAUUAUGUGUCAAUACAAUAAACCAGUCAGCUAACUGAAA